AUGGAUCCAUAUCUCCUAAAUCCGCUGUUUGGUGUGUUACUCAGGUUAAGACAAGGACGUAUAGCACUAUGCUCAGAUAUUAAAGACAUGUUACUGCAGAUGCGAGUAGUAGAAGAAGACCUUCCAGCACUACGGUUUCUGUACAGAGAUUCGAAAGAUGAAGAGCCAAGUGUAUACCAAUGUGUAAGAAGACCCUUUGGUGAACGCUCAGCAACCACCUGCGCCAAUUACACAAUGAAACGAAAUGCGGUGGUCUUUCAACAGCAAUACCCAACAGCUGCUGAAGCUGUGAGAAAGAAUCUCUUACUGAAUUCGCUAGAUGAUGAAGAAAAACCGUUGCCAUACGUCAAGAACUGA